UUUUACUUAAAUCAAACAGAUUAUAUUUGAAAUGCAAAUUAAAAAAUUCCAAACAUAGUUCUCUCUAAAUACUAUUUCGUCUGCAACAAUGAUGGGAUUUGGUCUUCCUAACGUUCACAGCGUUCCUCUCUCUCUCACGACCAACCUCUCUCUCUUUCCUCAGCGUUGGAUUCACAAGCCCACUGUUCCCGUAAAACCGGCAAGAAAAACCCACUUGGCCUGUGUUAGGACGACUGAGACUUGUGAUGAACUUGAGAGAACUCGUCCAUUGGCAAACUUUUCUCCCACUCUUUGGGGAGAUCACUUCCUUUCUGUUCCCUUAGAUGGUUCUAAAUUUGAUGAAUUGUCAAGAGAGAUUGAAGUGAUGAUGAAGCCUAAAGUGAGAGAUAUGCUCAUGUCUUCCAACAAAAGCGACAAUGAGAAGAUCCAUCUCAUCCAUUUGCUAAUUAACCUCGGAAUCGCUUAUCAUUUCGAGGCUGAGAUUGAUGAAAUCCUUAGCCAAGCUUUUCUGGAUGUGGAGGACAUGAUAGCCAAGGAACAUGACUUGGAGACAAUCUCCACCAUGUUUGAGGUUUUCAGACUACGCGGUUACUUUAUGCCUUGCGAUGCAUUCAAUAGAUUCAAAGGUGAAGAUGGGAGGUUCAAGGAAAGUCUAGCUGAUGAUAUCAGAGGGAUGAUACAGUUGUACGAAGCAGCACAUCUCGGGACACCAUCUGAAGACAUAAUGGACGAAGCACUAAGCUUCACUCGGUAUCACUUGGAAUCAUUGACAGGUCAACAUGCAGCAAGUGAUAGUCCCCAUCUCUCUAAACAUAUACAAAACGCACUGUAUAGACCUCGAUAUCGUAACAUGGAGAUACUAGUCGCAAGAGAAUAUAUCUCUUUCUACGAACAAGAAGCAGAUCACGACGAGACGCUGCUCAAGUUUGCCAAAAUCAACUUCAACUAUUGCCAGCUACACUACAUUCAAGAGCUAAAAGAUUUGACCAAAUGGUGGAAGGAGCUAGAUCUUGCAUCUAAGUUACCUUACAUCAGGGACAGAAUUGUCGAGAUCUAUUCCGGGGUACUCACUAUGUAUUUCGAGCCAAAGUAUUCGCUUGGGAGAAUUAUAGUCAAUAAACUUACUGUGAUUGCGACUGUUUUGAAUGACACAUGUGAUGCAUAUGGCACUCUUCCUGAAGUUACAAGUCUCAUUGACUCUUUUCAAAAGUGGAAUCUUGGGGACACUGAGAAGCUACCAAACUAUAUAAGAACUGUCUUUCGAAGUGUGUUUGAAACGCUAGAAGAGAUUGAACAAGAAAUGAUGCCUCGAGGAAGAUCACGCAUUGUGCAAGUAGCAGUAGAUGAGAUGAAGAAGUUGGGGAAAGCAUACUUGACCCUCUCAAAGUGGGCACGCACAAGUCACGUCCCAACAUUUGAGGAGUACAUGGAGAUUGGGUUGCAAACUUCAAUGGAUCAAUUUGCAGCCUACAGCUUCAUCGCUAUGGAGGAUUGCGAUGAGUAUCAAACAUGCGAAUGGUACAAUUCCAGACCCAAAAUGAUGGAAGCUUUAAGUGGCUUGUAUCGUCUUAAGAACGACAUAGCCACCUAUGAGAACGAGAUGAGCAGGGGAGAAGUGGCUAAUGGGCUGAAUUGCUACAUGAAGCAACAUGGUGUUACCAAAGAAGAAGCGAUUGCAGAGUUGAACAAGAUUGCUACUGAUUAUUACAAAAUAAUAAUGGAGGAGUACUUAACGACAACCGUUGUGCCACGCCCGAUUCUGGUGCGAUGCCUCAACGUUUCGCGACCCAUCGAUCUGUUUUACAAAGAGGGUGAUGAAUUCACUGAUCCUUAUUUCGGAAAGCUCAAACAAGUCAUCUCUUCUUUGCUCAUCCAUCCAAUUCCUCUUUAAUAAAGUGCAUUAAAAAAAUUUUAAAAAAAAAUCUAAAUAAGACGCUUUGUAUUCUUCU